UGUCCUACCAACGCAUUCCAUGCCGUUGCGUAACCUUCUAACUCGGCGGGCUUCAUCAGCCUGGAGUGAAUAAUCAGAAUAUAUAAUACCUGCCCCUUUCCCAUUCAUUUUCACGUUUUCCACAGUUGUGCAGACGGCGUGCUCUCAACGCUGAUAAGCCAGUUGUUUAUACCCAUUCUUCUCCUAAUACCCAGACCCAGUUUUAGCAAUGGUUGAACAAAUGACACUUACCCCCUCGCCCUCCCCGGCGCCGGCGACAUCACCUCCCGCAACAUCCGCGGCGUGGGACAGGCCACAACGUCCCGAUUUGCCACAUCCACGCUCGCGCCCUUUCCGCCCUGGGUCGGCGAAAGAAAACCUCGCGCGGAACUUCAUCUCAGACACCAUGGCCGACAUCAACCGUUGGUUCGUAAAACGUGCCGGGGCAGCUAGAAGCGACAACGACCCGGGGUAUCAGCCGGGAGACGACGAGGGCUAUAAAUCGAUAGACGGCUUGUGUAGAGACCUUGAUCCGGUGAUCCAUCUCAUCUGGAGGUCCGGUACUCCAAGUCUUCAAAUACCCUCGCUCCUCAGCAUCGCCAGCGAGUUCAACACAUGGAUGCUCGGCUUCCCGCCAUCGCCCGACCACAUCUUCCCGCUUCUGCGGAAACUGGACCACUGCUUCGCCAGCCUGCUCUCGGGCGAGGACAUCGUCACCCACGAGCCCCUGCCGGGGUUCGAGAACGGCCUGCGCAGCGGCAUGAGCCCGACCGACAUGGUCCGCUGCAGGAGCACGGCGCUGAACGCCAGGACAGUCGUCAUUGCUGUUCUGGCCAAGAUGGAGCGAGGGGAGGCGGGCGAUGACGAAGGUGAGAGCGGGGUUGAUAAUGAUGAUGGCGAUGAUAAUGAGCGUGACGUGGAGGCCGACUACAUGGAUGCGGCGCAGGUAUAUGAGUAUACCUUGGUUAAAUUGGGCGAGACUGUCGGUGGAUCGGGGGUGGCCGAUGUGCCCAUGUUUGCGUCUUAGCUAGACCCGGUGCUGCUGAUGGAAUCUCAACGAAUCCUUCCUACACGACAAGAUCAGCGGGCAAAACUUUUGUUUAUUACCACGUCCUGGCAGUCGAUCGUCUCAUUAUUUACACCAAGCUAUGGAAU